ACUGACCUGCAUUCCCAGCAUCCCUGCUCCAACCCCUGCCCUCUAGCUCCCAGCUCCCAUUCUCCAAGCCCCUCAGUCCUCCAGCCCAGCUCCUUGCCUCCCAGUCCUCCAGCCCAGCUCCUUGCCUCCCAGCCCUCCAGCCCAGCUCCCUGCCUCCCAGCCCUCCAGCCCAGCUCCCUGCCUCCCAGCCCUCCAGCCCAGCUCCCUGCCUCCCAGCCCAGCUCCUUGCCUCCCAGCCCUCCAGCCCAGCUCCCUGCCUCCCAGCCCUCCAGCCCAGCUCCCUGCCUCCCAGCCCUCCAGCCCAGCCUCCAAGCCCAGCUCCCAGCCUCCAAGCCCUCCAGCCCAGCCUCCAAGCCCCCAGCCCAGCUCCCAGCCUCCAAGCCCCCAGCCCUCCAGCCCAGCUCCCAGCCUCCAAGCCCCCCCCAGCCCUCCAGCCCAGCCUUCAAGCCCCCAGCCCAGCUCCCAGCCUCCAAGCCCCCAGCCCAGCUCCAAGCUUCCAAGCCCCCAGCCCAGCUCCCAGCCUCCAAGCCCUCCAGCCCAGCUCCCUGCCUCCCAGCCCCCAGCCCAGCUCCCAGCAUCCAAGUCCCCAGCCCAGCUCCCAGCCUCCAAGCCCCCCGACCCAGCUCCCUGCCCCUGCCUCCAAGCCCCCAAGCCCAGCUCCCUGCCUCCAAGCCCCCAGCCCAGCUCCCUGCCUCCAAGCCCCCAGCCCAGCUCCCUGCCUCCAAGCCCCCAGCCCAGCUCCCAGCCUCCAAGCCCCCAGCCCAGCUCCCAGCCUCCAAGCCCCCGGCCCAGCUCCCAGCUCCCUGCCUCCCUGCCUCCAAGCCCCCAGCCCAGCUCCCUACCUCCAAGCCCCCAGCCCAGCUCCCUGCCUCCAAGCCCCCAGCCCACCCAGCUCCCUGCCUCCAAGUCCCCCAGCCCAGCUCCCAGCCUCCAAGCCCCCAGCCCAGCUCCCAGCCUCCAAGCCCUCCAGCCCAGCUCCCAGCCUCCAAGCCCCCAGCCCAGCUCCCUGCCUCCAAGCCCCCAGCCCAGCUCCCAGCCUCAAAGCCCCCGAGCCCAGCUCCCAACCUCCAAGCCCCCAGCCCAGCUCCCAGCUUCCAAGCCCCAGCCCAGCUCCCAGCCUCCAAGCCCCCAGCCCAGCUCCCAGCCUCCAAGCCCUCCAGCCCAGCUCCCAGCCUCCAAGCCCCCAGCCCACCUCCCUGCCUCCAAGCCCCAGCCCAGCUCCCUGCCUCCCAGCCCACCAGCCCAGAUCCCAGCAUCCCUGCUACAACCUCAACCCCCAGCCCCACUGCCUCCCAGCCCCCAGCCCCCUGCUUCCCAACCCCUCUGCCUCCCAGCCCCACUGCCUCCCAGCCUCCCAGCCUCCCAACCCCUCUGCCUCCCAGCCUUCCUGCCUCCCAGCCCCCCUGCCUCCCAGCAUCCCUUCCUCCCAGCCCCCCUACUUUCUAGCUUUAGUCCAGGUGAUCUACAGCCAUAGUCACUCCAGCACUGAGACCACAGUGGGGCCAGGCACCUACCAUUACUCCUCUCUCAGGGCUAUCGAUCUAGGAGAGGGAGAGGGAGAGGGAGAAGAAGAGGGAGAGAGAAAGAGAGAGAGAAGCGAAAGAGACACAGGCCACUGAAACCCCAUUAAACAGAGAGACUAGUGGACGUCCAGUCGCAGGUGGAGUUCACGGGAAACGCUCUGUGACUUAUCGAUUUCCUGUUGGGAGGAAUUCACAGCAACAGAGCAGAGGCAGAGGGAGGUUUUUGCUCUAACCGGAACAUUGGUAAUUCACACUCUCACCUCUGACACCGUAAUACUGGUAUAAUGAAAUGUGGGGCUAUAGAAUGUUGCUCCCCUCAAGGGAGUCAUUUAAUAUGGAGAUGAAACAGUAAGUGCUGUCUGUGAAAUGAAGAGGAGGCGGGCAAUUUCAGCAGAAAUUAUAUUCACUUUUGGUGGGAGUUAAAUCAAUAUUAGCUAUUGAUCAGCAAACACUUAUUGGUGUCAAGCUAUGAGAGAUGUCCUUUUUAAAGACCCAUGUUUAAACCAGUCAGUCACUCUCCAGCCAACUGAGCUCCUAGAUAAGAACCAACCAAACAACCUGCCGCUGAGUAGACAGAGCUUUGAGCUGUGCAAUACCUGAUACCCUUGGCCAAUCUCUCUCUCUCUCUCUCUCUCUCUCUCU